GUCCCGGAUGAUUUGAGCGGUGGGACCGACCCGGACCGGAAGUGGGGACAGGCGGCUGAAGAUGGGAAAACGGCAGCACAAAGCCGCCCCGAGACCCGGGAGCGUCAGCUUCAGUGAAGAGAGCAGGAGGGAGUUUCUGACGGGUUUUCAUAAACGUAAAGUCGAGAGGAGAAAAAAAGCCACAGAUGAAAUCAAACAGAAACUGAAGGAGGAGCAGAGACGAGUGAAAGUAGAGAGACACAAAGAGUAUGUGAAGAUGUUCCAAGAAAGGAAGGAGGCUUUAGAGGAAGCUGAGGAGUUGGACCAACUGGUGACGUCCCAACUGGAAUCCGUUCAGUACGACCAUCCCAACCACACCGUCACUGUGACGACCAUCAGUGACAUUGACUUGACGGGAGGCCGGCUCGGCCUGGGCUCCGAGCAGCCAGAAGCGGCUCGGAAACAGCCGCCGCCACAGAGUAACGUGGAAGAGGGAGAGGAACCAUCCACAGAAAAGGAGAAUCCUCUGCCCAGAAAACUGUCUGAGCCCAUCAUAUCCAAAAAAAUCUCCUCGCUGACGUCUGCUCUACAUUCGACCAGUGUGAAAAAAACUAAGGGAAAGAAGGUGAAAAAUGUGACCGAUGAGAACAAGAAGGUGGUGAAGGGCAAGACAAGCAAGUCCCAGAGAAGGAGAAGGACUGGCCGGCCAGGAGGGGAGAAAUGUCACUAGCAGAGACACAUGUGGUGUUGCUGCCUUUGGAGAAGGUGCAGCUCAUCAGAUGGUUUUGCUGAACAUUGAGCAGCUGUUUUUGUAGUUUUGCUGUUGACAACACCAGGUCAUGGCAUUCGUGAGUGACCGGCUCCUGUCAGACUAUUGCUGACAUGUGGACCAAAGGCGGAGGGGGAUUUCUGGAGUUGUCUUGUUUGGUGGGGGUGGGGUGGGGAGAAGGAGACACGAAUGUUCUUAAGUAAGAUAUUCUGAUUGACGUUUAUUGUUUUCCUUUAGCUGUAAAACUCUCUGUGGGACUCCACGUGUUUACUAUGAUUUUCUUUAUUUCCUUUCCCACAGCAGCAGGUACUUUUGAAAAUGUUUACAUUGUCAGAGGGUUUGGCGUUCUCGAGGAGAAAGUGAGUAGACAGUGUGUGAGCAGGUUUACACAGCGAAAUAACACCCCAAAAUAACAAUCUCUCUUUUAUAUAUUGUAAAACAAAUAUCAACUUUUUACGUUUAGUGUUUAUUAUUAGUAAUUAUUAAUCUAAACGAGAAAAUGAACGCUCUUAAAAUGAGAUCUGGGUUCAACUAGUGAACAGGACAGUGAGCAACACAUUCAGGUGGGGGCGAUUGCACUGAUGACUCACAUGUGGAUCUGUUGAGAGAUAAAGCGAUUUACAGAUCAGCAGGAAUAUCUCCCGGCAGCUUGUGAGGUUGUUUAGUGUGAAAUGAGCUGAACUUCCAGCUUCAUUUUUUUUGUUUUGAAUUUGAGUCUGAAUUUUCAGUUUUGUUCUGAGGCCGAUUGUCACCGACCUGAGGCUCAUCUCCUGCCUGGCCCCCUCCCCCACACCGCCCCCACCAUUACAUCCCUCCCUCAUACUGGCCCCACCAUUACACCCCUCCCCCACACUGUCCCCACCAUUAGAUUCAUAAAAUGUUACGGCACACAAGGAGGCCAUUCGGCCCAUCGAGUCUGUGACGGCUCUUUGAC